AGUAGAGUCAGUGUGAUUCGCUUGAACCGGUCUCAUUAGAGAGAGAGAGGCAUCAAAGUGAAAAACGAAGAAAAGACCUAACUUACGCAUUUCUCAGAAAGCUGAACGAACAACAUUCUUCACUCAUGGCACUCUCUUCUCGUCUCUUUUCCAAAUCCAAAUUGAUCUAUGGCAGUCAAAUGCUUCUGCAAAAGGACUAUGCUUUUCCAGUUCGCCACUAUGCUAAAGCGUCUGACCCUCCUGCCCUGAAGGGAGACCAAAUGCUGAAGAACAUUUUUGUGGAAGUGAAGAAGAAAUUUGAGACCGCCAUUGGAAUAUUAAAGAAUGAGAAGAUUACCAUUGAUCCGGAAGAUCCAGCUGCUGUUGCUCACUAUGCAAAGGUCAUGAAAACAGUUAGAGAGAAGGCAAGCUUGUUGUCAGAGUCCCAAGAUAUCCGAGCCACCAUUGAAAUGGAAACACAGGAUAUUCCAGAUGCUCGGACCUAUCUUUUGACUUUGAAGGAGAUAAGAAUCAAGAGAGGUCUUACAGAUGAUCUUGGUGCAGAAGCUCAGAUGAUAGAUGCACUGGACAAAGUUGAAAAGGAGCUAAAGAAACCUUUACUGAGAAAUGAUAAGAAAGGAAUGGACCUUCUAUUGGCAGAGUUUGAUAAGAUUAAUAAGAAACUUGGAUUUCGAAGGGAAGAUCUACCAAAGUAUGAAGAUGAGCUUGAAAUUAAAUUAGCCAAAGCACAGCUGGAGGAGCUGAAGAAGGAUGCUCUUGAGGCAAUGGAAACUCAAAAGAAAAGGGAGGAAUUCAAGGAUGAACCUGAAUCAGUUGAUGUGAAAACUUUGGACAUCAGAAACUUCCUUUAAAAUGUCUUAAAGAUGUUUGCAUACAUUAGAAAUUGUUGCAUUUGGAUAAUGAUGAAGCUGUGUUUCUUCAAUAAGUAGACACCACUGGUUUUGAAGUGUAACGUUGAUGCCAGUUUGAAGAUUGAGUUUCUUCAAGGUCAUUGUAUUUAAAUUCCUUGUUAAACUGAAAGUUGAGGCGAUCAAUUUUUUUCUUGAA